AUGCUCGACGCUCAGGAAAACUCAACAUUAACGUCCGACUUUGAUUCCCUUCACAUAUCUCUUGAUUCACGCCCUCCUCCUGGCUUACAGACUCCCGCCAUCCCAUCCAUCACUGAAGCCCAGAAUCCAUGGUCAGAGGAGCAGCUGAAGCUCGAUUUGAAGCCAGCACAUACCCCAGAUCCAACAGCGAUUAACGCCGCUUCACCAUCUGUUUUCGCUGCACCUGCAGACUUAAUCAACAACGCUCUCGAUCACCAAGUGCGUGUUAGCAAGGAUGUUCUGACUCAGUUUGAUCCUUUUACAAACGAGGACGAGCUGAGUGCGCACCAGGCCUGGGCCAGCUCAGAAGGGCAUCCACCACCUCCCCGAAUUCCAUCGCGGCCGAGUAGUCGAGCACACUCUAGGUCUGCCUCGAAGGACAUUCAACGUGAUGGGCCUUCUUCCAGAUCUGGUUCACCCUCUCCACAACCAUCGACUUCUUCCGCCUCAUCUGCCUUCCCAUCACUCGCUGCAAUAGCUAGGACCUUCUCCAUCCCUAGCGUGGCGACUAGAGCGCGCCCUCGGCCCUUGUCAAUGGAUGCGGCCAAACCCAUUGCCACCCCCUCGCCUACAACCGUGUCCUCAUUUGCACAGCAACAGUCUCAGUCUACUGCGCCAUCACCGCUUUCCAAGCAGAUUCCUCUUCCGUCUGAUUAUGCUGCCUCGAAGACACAAAGCGCACCGGACACCCGGUCCGCGACUCCAGCUAUUACAUCGCCAUCUGGAUCAGAGUCUCCACGCAAGGAUAAGGACCCUUCUUUCAACUUCCAGAAGUUCCUCGACCAGAUGAAGUCUAGGGGUGCCGAACCACUUGGCAAAUACGUGCGAUCGUUUCUCAGCAACUUCACGAAACGGACGUUUACCGUCAACGACCAGAUCAAGAUAAUCAAUGAUUUCCUGGGCUUCAUUGCCACGAAAAUGCGGGAAACGGACAUUUGGAGAAAUGCAACGGAGGAAGAAUUUGACAACGCAAUGGAAGGAAUGGAGAAGCUAGUGAUGAACCGGCUUUAUGAAUACACGUACACGCCUUGUCUUCCUCUCCUCACUCCACCCCGACCAGUCACAGCCGAUGACCUCGAACGCGAUCGUGUGUUGUCUCAACGAAUUGCGUUGUUUAGCUGGGUACGACCCCGACAUCUUGAUAUACCCGAACUCGAAUCCGACGAUAACGAUGGAAACACUGGAUUUUUAGAAUUUGCUCAACAGGAACUUUGCAAAGUGAAUCACUACAAGGCUCCACGGGAUAAACUCAUCUGCAUUCUGAACUGCUGCAAGAUCAUCUUUGGUUUGAUACGACAUUUACGCAAGGACGAAGGUGCAGACUCUUUUGUGCCGAUAUUGAUUUACGUGGUCUUGAGAGCGAACCCUGAGCAUUUACUUUCGAACGUUGAGUUUAUAAAUCGCUUUCGAAAUCCCGCGAAGCUACAGAGCGAGGCGGGUUACUAUCUUUCAAGCCUCAUGGGUGCUGCAGAAUUUGAAAGAAAUGUAGAGGCAGCAAUCCAAACACUCCCUCCGUCACUUCCUUCUUCACCAACCAUAGCCCAAGGCUCACAAACCCCGAAUCAACUUCCACGUCAAUCUCCACACGCAGGAGAAGAAUCUGCACAACCGCUCGCUCUCGCCGUCCCAUCAUCAGCCCAGAAUCUCACAAUUGGCGAGGAUGCUCGAAAGUUAUUGCAGAAAACCGGGGAUGUGGUCUCAAAACCUCUCGGUGCCAUCAGUCGUAUAUUCAGCGAGGCACUAGAUGAAAAGAUGGGCUACCUUCCAGGACCGUUUGCGCCCUUUGAGCUUGGUAGAGAAGAGCGGGAGAGACACUGGUCACACCCUGACCAGGUUGCUCAGUUUGCUGGUGGUACUCCGCACACACCGACAGGCAGUGAGGGACUUCAGGCGCCCAUGCAAACACCUUACAAGCCCCGCGUCCGUCGUACGUCGCCUGUUCCAACUCCACCCACGCACAUGGGGUACUCUUACGGAGCCGACGAAACCCCAAGUAGACCUGGCUCUAGAGGGCCAUAUGUACACCAAGCACUUGCGCUUGGUCCUGCUCAACCAUUACCUCCCCCCAACGCUAUUCCACAGCACCUUCAACCACCUUCUGUAGGUCAACAUAUAUCUCGUACGCCCACUCCCUCGCUGGACCUUACUGCUGUCGAAGCAGAAAUCGACCGAGCGCAUGCACAGGCGAGCGCUGCUGCUCGUGCGACUCUAGCCCAGAUUUUCCCAGGAGUGGACCCAGAGGUACGCGACUGGGUACUGGAGGCCAACGGAGGGGAUUUGGGCAAGAGCAUAGAAGGGCUCUUGGAUAUGGCUGGAGGAUCAUGA